AUGUCUCCAUCUGCAUUGCCAGCCUACGUCGCCUCCAGAGCUGGCUCAGUCACCGAAAGUUUGAAGAAGAACCUCAGGCGGUCAUCAUCGCCCAAGCCUGAUACUAUCAACGAUAGGGACGAUGCAUCAAUCAAGAGUCGAUCAUCCCAGCUCUCGAAGGAGUCCAGCCCCAUUGACACUCUUCGCAUCAUUGCUGGUGAGCGGGUUCGCCAUGGAAAGUGCUCUCCAGAGUUCCUGGAAGGCAUGGCGGAACGUGUUGGCAACAAAUAUGUCAAGAUCUUGACGGGCGGCGAGGCGGAGAGGUUCUUCAAGAAUUAUGUCGAGGAGGAGGAGGCACUGGAAACCAAGGGUCUACGAGGGGAAUUGGACAAGGAAACGCGUCAGGAUUGGACACCGGUCGUCUUUGCUAUCACUGCUUGGGACAUUCAACGGAAGGUGGUUGAUUAUUAUAUGACUUGGAGAGGCAGCACGGCGGAGAGGACUAGGCGAUUGAAUCCACGAAGGAUCUCUUUAUUGGACGACGAGUUCAGGAGAGUGGCCAAAAAAUUAGAUAGGGACUACAAGCGAUACCCGUCCAUCACUGGCAGUGCAGUAUCCCGUCAAACUACAGAGAGGAAUAGUGGUCGAAAGUCGCGUCCUCCAUCAGAAGUCCUCGUCUCUGCUCCCGAGAAACCCAUAUCAGACUCAAAGAACCUUUCAAUCCCCGAGCCUCCGGUAUCUGCGACGGACAGUGUCAUCUCCCUUCCAUACCUGAACUUUGUGAGGGGUGUUCCAACGGGUAACCGACUUCCCCUCAGACUCACGAAUCCGGAUCGGAACUCUAUGAUGUCCAUCUUAGAAACUACCGUGCCUCAAGCUAAUGUUGCGCUGGCGACUGUGGUAGAAGGAGUUCAAGCGGUCACCCAACCUCAAACUGAACAACUCGUCAUCAACACCACCGUGCCCGCCGUCAUCCAUCAAGAACAGCCAUCAGGCCUCACGCCGCUCAUGAAAUCUUCGGCAAGCAUUACCUCGGCUGAGACUCAGUCCAGCAAGUCUUCAAGGUCCGGUCGAUACAGUACAGACAAGGAGCGUACACCCUCCACUCGAAGUAGACAAAGUUCGAGAGAAAGAGAUCGAGACUCGAAUAAGCGACGUCGCCGUUCAUCUUCUCCCAGAGACAAAGACAGAGAUGAUCAUCAUCACCAUUCGUCUCGUCGACGAAGCGACAAGAAGUCUCCAGACGACGACGAAAAGAUGAGCGACUUCUUGAUUGUCCUUCUUGAUGAGAAUUUUGCACACAAGGGAGAGACAUGGCAUGGCUCCCUUAGUCUCGAACGCCAGGCGUCUUUGAAGAAUCAAGUCACCUCCCAAUAUGACCGCCACUCGCCUUGGAGCGGUCCCUUGGCGCGUCCAGAUACCAUCAGCCGCCAUCCACCGCGCGCUUCAAGGAUCAACGAAGACUCUGAAAAUUCAGACGACGAAGCCACAAGUGAAGUAGGGGGUUGGAAAGACUCCCCCGUCAUUCCAGCAAAGCCACUGAUGGAAGCCAUGGGUCUGAUCCCCCGAGCCUCGUACUACGACUCUCCAGUCACUAUACCGGUGGAACUCAUGAGGGCUGCGGCUGCGUACUCUCCCCCUCCAGGUCCCCCUCCCCCUGUGAUACCCCGAGGAACCUACACCACCAGCCCUCGCGUUUCGGCCUCGUCGUAUGUGCCUGCCUGGAUUUCCCCGGUCCCAAGUCAUCACCCCAGCCUGCCGGUUUCUCGACCCCAAUCACGCGCGUUCUCCGUGUAUAGCCCUUAUACGCAGCCAUACUGA